AGGCGGGGAAAGUAAGGAGAGGAGGAAGUCGCUGGAGGCUCGGCCGCCGGUAGUCCAAAAGGUGUACCUGCUUUUGGAGCUGGAAGCUGAGCCGGGCUACUUUAAUUUAUUCUUCAGGCUCCCCCCGUUUGACUCACAGAUCGCCUGCCUUUGAAAGAGCAAGAGCAAAGCAUUUAUUGGUGGAACAGGAUUAACAAACCUUUAUAGGUUGUAAAAUUUGUAAGAGGAAUUGGGGAAACAUGUCUUCGAAUCCAUGUGUGCUUAUGCGUCUUGUGGCCUCAGCAUAUUCCAUUGCUAAUAAAGCUGGAACAAUUGUCAGGAAAGUAAUGGCCGGAGGCGAUCUGGGUAUUGUGGAGAAGUGUGGAGCUAAUGACCUGCAGACCAAAGCUGACCGACUUGUCCAGAUGAGCAUCUGUUCUUCCUUGGCACGGAAAUUUCCCAAGGUGACAAUCAUAGGGGAAGAGGAUCUUCCCUCUGAAGAAGUAGAUGAAGAUUUACUUGAGGAUGGCCAGUGUGAGGAGAUACUGAAGAAACCCUGCCCACAGCAGUAUUCUGCCAUCAAAGAGGAAGAGCUUGUGGUAUGGGUCGACCCUCUGGAUGGAACCAAAGAAUAUACCGAAGGACUUCUGGACCAUGUCACAGUUCUUAUUGGAAUUGCUUAUGAAGGAAAAGCCAUUGCAGGAGUCAUUAACCAACCCUACUAUAACUACGAGGCAGGAGCAGAUGCAGUCCUUGGCAGGACAAUCUGGGGAGUCCUAGGUUUGGGUGCUUUUGGAUUUCAGCUGAAAGAGGUGCCAGCUGGGAAGCAUAUAAUCACGACCACACGAUCACACAGCAGCAAGCUGGUGAACGACUGCAUUAGUGCAAUGAACCCUGACAGUGUGGUAAGAGUUGGAGGUGCAGGAAAUAAGAUCAUUCAGCUGGUAGAAGGCAAGGCUUCUGCCUAUGUAUUUGCUAGUCCUGGAUGCAAGAAAUGGGAUACCUGUGCUCCAGAGGCAAUUUUGCAUGCAGUAGGAGGCAAACUUACAGAUAUUCAUGGGAAUUUCUUUCAUUAUAACAAGGAGGUUAAGCAUAUGAAUUCAGGAGGUGUUCUUGCUGCCUUGAAUAACCAUGACUAUUAUGCCUCUCGAGUUCCUGAGUCAGUUAAGCAAGCACUUGUGCCCUAGAAGACAAGGAAUGAAUGGUGGAUUCCCCUUGCUUUUGGAAAAAUCUUUGAAAUUCUAUAGUAUUAUUAGGGAGAACUGAUUGUUGUUUAUGGAAUUCUGAUACAAUGUGAUGUUUUGUUACACUUUUUAAAAAAAAAUCCAUACCAGUAGGUAGCAUAUAAAGCAAAAAUUAAAUGCUCUUUCCAAUUGGAAUAGAAUAUCAAUUCUGUUUAUUAGUAGCAAACUAAAAAAAGCUAUUGUUCCCCUUUACUCUGUUUAAUGUUAUUACAUGUAUAUUCCAACAGAAUAAUUAAACUGUAUUAUUAUUAUUAAUACAGCACAAAACUUGUAAUAGAACCACUGUGUUUAACAGAGCAUACAAGAGUGUGUUGCAUAAUGACAGACAAGUGGUACAGUCCUACUAGUGUCGCUCUUCACAUGUAGACAUCCAGGGGCUGGGGCAGCUCUGUGCCUAAUAUUAAGGUACAGUCCCAGAUUACACUUGCUGCGUCCUUCACAUGAUUCAGUUAUAAUAUGGCUUUUAUACUCAAAAAACACAGUGUCCAAGCAGGUGGCCAUGUUUGCUGCAGCAAAAACAAUCUUGUGUCAGUUUAAAGAUUCAUAAAUUUUAUUUGGCAUAAACUUUCCUAGAUUGCUGCUCACUUCCUCACAUGCACUGACUGCAUUCACCUAAAGCUUGUGCCAAAUCAAAUUUAUUCGUCUAUGCCAUGACACCUCUUGUUUUUGAGAACCCACUUUAAAUGUGAUCAAGGAUAAAAGUGUAAUUUGUUUCAUAAAUUUUAGUACACAGAAGACUGCCUUGGCUGGUAAAAGGUUUAGGUCUUUGCUCCUUCCUCUUUUCUGCUUUCUUCACUCUGCUUUUGACUUGUAAACCAUGAUUUUGUGUGAUGUUCAAAAUUACAGAACUGUAAAAUCUAAUUCUGGUUUUCCAUCCUCCUUUUUUAAAAUUCCCUGUGCUGCAGCUCCAUAAUUUCCUAUCUCGUAUCUAUGAUUAGCCACAGUCUUCCAUGACCAGAAUGCUCCUCUUAAGUUAAAAGAUUUAAGAGAAGAGAGGAAAUAGCACUCAAGCUUGGCAGUUAUUCCCUUGUCUAGCAAACUAUUUCUAAAAGAAUCCCACACUCUGUCCUCUGGUGAUCACAUUAUGAUUUUUUCCAACAUGUACUUCACUGGAACAUUUUGUUAUUUGAUCUUGGAUUAUUUCUUAUGUAAAAUGGUUUUGAAUUUUUUAAAUAUCUCUUGGUUAUUUUCUUAAAAUAAAAUCAAGUCAAACCAAGCAAAAUUA